CCCCCGCGCCUCAUCAUCUCUUUCACUUUCUCUCUCUAUAUUGAUUCUUUCGACUAUGGCUGAACAGAGAAAUUCCAGUCCGAAUUGCAGAAUCAUGAUAUCGAAACCCCCACACCCACUUCACCAAAUAGCCGAAAAUCAAACCCACAAACUUCUUCUAAAACAAUGGCUUAAAGAAGAAGAACUGAUUCUAAAUCGAAUCGCGUUCAAGGAAACCCAAAUAGAUUCAGUCCGUAGAGAAAUCACUCAACUUUACUGUAUCUUCUUUCUAUUCCAUUCCAUGGCCCUUCUUAUCCUCUUCAGCGUCGCUUCAAGAAUCAAUAACCCUUUGGUAUGCGGUAGAUCUUGGAUCCCUUGCGUCUGCUCUGUUUUGUGUUCGAUGGGUAUCAUCUGGGCUGUCAGGUAUAAGACAGAUGUCGAGGGACAUGUUGAGAAGCUUCUGGAAAGGGAGAAAGAAGAUGGGAUGUUAUUGGGGAAGUGUAUGGAUGAAUUGAAGAAGAAAGGUACUGAAUUUGAUUUGCUUAAGGAAGUUGAUGCUCUUAGAAGGGCUAAGAGUUUGAGGGUGGAGACGAAAGCUGUCGGAAAAUGGUCGGCGAAGGACUUUGUUUCUCUCUUCUUCUUUGCAAGUUCAUGUCUUGUUCUUGGUUUAACUAGGGUUAUCCUCUGUAGCUGAAAUCUCUGUUUUGUUUUUGGCCAGGGUUAAUUUGUGCAGAAUAAUUUGUUCUGCUAUUAUCUUGUUUAAUUUAUUAUUAUUAUUAUAAGUUAUUUGAUUUUCUCUGUAAUUCACAAUACAUUACCUUUAAAGAAUUUUAUUGACUUCUUAGUCUCUGAUUAAUA